GAAGAGAGCGAAUUGGAAAUAGCAUUUAACACCGGCCUGUGGACGGUUUGCCUGGAAGAGAGCGCGCGCGCGCUCCGGUAUCGACCAGAUUCGCAUCGGCGGCCAGUAGGAACCGUGUACGUCCUCCAAUUAAUCUCUGGCUGCACGUCGGCACGUCUUAGAGACGUCCGAGCACGUCUCGACGUCUUCGGCGAGUAUUAAUACAGCGGGUGCGCGAAAAAUCCAGCAGGUCUAGGAAGUAAGGUGGCGCCGAAAGGAACCUCCGAGGAGAGAUGAGGGAGCGCUCGCGGUCUUAGGGCCUCCUCGAGGCGGAACUACCCCGACGAUCUGGAAAAAGUCAUCCGGCUUCCUGUACCUUAGUUAUUACCACCCUCCACGAAGAGAGGACGUUCCUAGAAGGAGCUACAAGCAGGUAGCCGCAGCCGUUGGUAAUUGUAAUAAAAGAUGAUACUCUGAAAGAUUGUGACCCGCGGCCACUGGCCGUUAAAAAAGUAAAUUUCUCCGCGACAGAUAAGAAUUCCUGGCGAUAGAAGAGAGUCAUGAACGCCGGAUGGCGAAGGCGGUAUUCGAAGUCGGAAGUCAAAAUAAAGUUCUACGUUUGCGAAGGUGGCUGAUCGGUGUAAUGAUAUUUCUACUGGCGUCAUUGAUAGCCAUCAACAGCUUCACCAGCGGACAAUCCAACGUCUCGCAUUACGAGAAUUCCACGAUCCAUGACAGCUAUGUCCAAGCGAAGCCGCACUUUACCGCAUCGAGGGCAAAAUCUGGAUUUCUGGUACGAAACAGAGGAUGCACGAUGCCGGCUUUGGAUCCAUUCGACCCUUUCGUUCAGCCCUACGUUCACAAAGAAAAUCCUAUCGUUUGCGAGCUGGACGGCAAGCGGACGCCCCUCUUCGAAUCGAACGUUUCCUCGAUUUACGUGAAUCCACAAACUCGGGACCAAUAUUAUGACAAGUCCGAGAAAAUCAAUUGCUGCUGGAGGACUUUUUGGCGAGCAGACAACGAAGACAACGGUGUCAAAUACAACAGCUACUGCGAAAACUUCACCGCAGAGACUCUUCCAAUAAUGAAGGAGUUCAUCAAGAUAGAAUGUAAAAGCAAAGGGAAAACCUAUCGAGACUACCAUGCAUUUUUGCCGAGAAAGUCAGCAGUCGAGGAACGGUGCCGAAAUGCCAAAAGCCCAGAUCCUGAUACCCGUCGUCUCAGUAUUUUAGUGAUAGGGCUGGAUUCAGUCUCAAGACUGAACUUCCAUCGAAUGAUGCCUAAAACUAUAAGCGCUCUGCGCUCUUUGGAGGCCCUAGAGAUGUUGGGGUACAACAAAGUAGCCGACAAUACAUAUCCAAAUCUCGUGCCAGUGCUCUCGGGCUUCAGCGUCCAAGAGUUUCAUAAGAUAUGCUGGGGAACUGAUAAGAUCUCCCCUUCGAUGCACUUCGACAAAUGUCCCCUGAUCUGGCAAAACUUCAGUUCGGCAGGGUAUCGCACCAUAUUUGCGGAAGAUGCUUGCUCAAUGACGACCUUCAAUUACUUGAAGCCAGGCUUCAAAGAUCAGCCGACGGACUACUACUUAAGGCCCUACUGUGUCGCCUCUGAGACCGAUAUUGGUCGUAAUCAUAAGCUCAAUGCCAAUCUCUGUCUUGGCACCAGGAUGAACUUUGAAAGCCUCCUUAGCUAUGCUCGCAAAGUUGCCACGGAGUUUUCCAAUGACGCCUAUUUCGCCUUCAUCUGGCAGGCGAGUCUGACCCACGAUUACUUUAACUUCCCGCAGCUGGGUGACGCCACCUAUCACGAUUUUUUGACUUUCGUUAAGGAACGUUCUCUGCUUAACAAUACCGCUUUAAUAGUGAUGAGCGACCACGGCAUGAGAUGGGGAGAAUAUCGCCAAACAUUCCAGGGCAGAGUGGAGGACAGUCUUCCAUUUAUAUUCUUGAUUCUGCCAACGUGGUGGAAAGAAAAGUUCCCAGAUGCUUGGCAGAACAUCCAAAGGAACGCAAACAGCCUAACAACCCCGUUUGAUCUUCAUGAAACCCUGAAUGAUCUGUUAAAUCCACAACAAUUAGAUGAAAUAGUUCUCAGCGGGCGUGUCGAGGACUUAGCUACGAGGAAUUUGCCUCGAGGUAUCAGCUGGUUUCUUCCGAUACCUAGCUAUCGGACUUGCUCAAUGGCUGGAAUCGCUGCUCAUUGGUGUAUGUGCCACACCAGCAACAACGUUUCAUUGGAAGAUCCAGCUGUUGUGAAGGUUGUAGAUUUCCUUAUCGGAGAACUGAACAAAAAGCUGAAGGACUAUCCUAAAUGUGCGACCCUAAAACUGAAUAAAAUAUUAUAUGCAAAAAGUUUGGAGUACAAGGCUGAGCCGGAAGAUAAAAAGGUUCCCUGGACUGACUACACCGUGACUCUGCAAACCACCCCCGGAAAUGCUAUCUUUGAGGGCUCUGUCCGAAACCGGAAUGACAAUGGCACCAUGGUCGUCACUGGCUCCAUCAGCAGACUAAACCCCUACGGAAGUCACGGUGGUUGCGUCGGUGACUCUCUCAUGCGCCUAUAUUGCUAUUGCCUUUAGGCACAACAUAUCUCGCCGACGUUUUAUAUGUGAUAUUUUGUAGGACGUCAAAUAUACAUGUUGCUUAUAUAUUGUUAAA